UAGCGUUAAAGUCCUAUAACGAAUCCGACGUUCGAACCAAACGUAUCAAAUCACAAAUUCAAUUGUUUAACAUUUCAAUCACUAGUGAAUCUAUCCUUUUCAAAAUGUUUGCUAAAUUGUGCGUGUUGUUUUUGGCCAUCGGCCUCAGCCAGGCUGCUUCCUCAAAGGUCGAUCCCGAUGUGAGCUUCAUGCAGUAUAUGAUGAAGUCCAGUGGUCUCAUCCAAGCCAGCUCCACCAGCACCGAAUGCUUCGGCAUCUAUUUGCCCAAAUUGCAAGCUAUAGCUGAGCAAUGGCAAGCUGACACCAUCGCCUGUGAGGACACCGCUGAGGAGGCUCGUGAGCAAAUCGAUGAUAAGACCAAGGAUAAUCGCACCGCCAUCGAUGCUUCAGCCACCGGGGCUUGCGCUGCUUUGACCACUUGCAGUCAGAAAACUUCUGCUCUCGAUUACUUUGAAUGUUACGAGGAAGCUGGUUCCGAUGAUGCCAAGAUCAUGUACACGAUCUCAGCCAACUCUGCUGAGUUGUUGGCCGUCGUGAUUGAGGAUUACCGUCUCAUCGAUAAUGAGAAAUUUGUGUGCACCAACAAGUCCGAGCGCGCCUAUGUGGAGAACACAGCUCAGGUCUAUGACGAUCUCGACCUUUGUCUGCGCGGUAUCGAGGUUACCACUACCACCAGCACAACCACACAAGCUCCCACCUCAAGUGAAUCCACUACUGAGGAGUCAACGGACUCUUCUUCCACUUCUCCCUCUGAAGACACCUCUUCUUCCUCAGCUGCUCCCUCUGAAGAUACCUCUUCCUCAGCCGCUCCCUCUGAAGAUACCUCUUCCUCAGCCGCUCCAACUGAAUCUUCAACCGAAGCGUCAUCUGAGCCAACCGAUUCCGAUAAGGAGAACUUGCCCGAAGAGGAUCUGUCGACUUUCGCUGCAGAGCAAGCAAAGUUGAAGAGCAUGAUCGAUGAUUUCAAGAAGCUGUUCAAUCGCAAUUAAGUCAGUAUUAUAAAUAAGAGAAGUGGAUUUUAACAAGCCACAAUAAAUACACGAUUAAUUUAUAGUAGAACUUGACUUAUGGCGUUAGCUAAAUAAAAGGCACUUGAGUUUGAA